AUGACAACGUUAACGACGGCAGCGGGAAUAUUAUCAUUAUUAGAUGAGGAGGAUGUAAUUAUAAGGAGCCAGGCAUUAGAAUCUUUAAUUGGAGUCGUGGACCAAUUUUGGGCCGAAAUAUCUGACUACGUUGGGAAGAUAGAAUCGCUAAGUGAAGAUAAAGAUUUUGGUGAAGAUUCAAAGAAGUUGGCUGCGUUGAUUGCAUCAAAAGUUUAUUACCACUUGGGCGCUAUAGACGACGCACUCAGUUUGGCAUUGAGCGCAGGCGAUGCGUUUGACGUAACACAGAGCUCAGAAUAUGUAGAAACACUGAUAUCCAAGUCGAUCGACACGUACAUCCACCAACGCCAGCAUAAUCAAGCUGUUGAUAAUAGAUUGGAAUCUAUUGUGGAUAGAAUGUUUUCCAAGUGUAUUUCUGAAAAGGAGUACAAGCAGUCAGCUGGUAUCGCUUUGGAUAGCUUAAGAUAUGACGUUGUUGAGAAAGUAUUCAAUCUAUCAAAAGACGUGAAUAUUUUGAGAUACGUGAUGGAAGCUACAUCCGAUGUCGUUGUGUCUUUAGAACAACGCCAAUUCGUCUUCAAAUUACUCGUCAAACUUUUCAAUUCAAGUAUACUACCAUCACCUGAUUAUUUCUCCAUUACUCAAUGUCACUUACUACUCAACGAUGGUAAGCUUGCAGGCGAACUGCUCGAUCAACUCAUCCAAAGUGGCGUUAAUGACAAAGUUCUCAUUGCGUAUCAGAUUGCUUUCGAUUUGGUCGAUACAGCUUCACAAGAUUUCUUGAGCCAUGUAACUGCUGUUGUUAGCGAGAGAGAGGGUGAGACUUACGACAAGUUGAAAGAGAUUCUCAGUGGCACUCUUUCAAUCAGACUCAACUUGGAAUUCCUCCAUCGCAAUAAUAAAGCAGACCCACUCGUUCUCAAGAACACAAAGGAAAGCUUGGAUGGUAAAUUUUCGCUAUACCACAACGCAGUAUCGUUCGCAAAUGCAUUCAUGCAUGCUGGUACGACAGAUGACACGUGGUUGAGAGAUAAUUUGGAAUGGCUAGGCAAAGCUAACAACUGGUCAAAAUUCACAGCUACGGCUUCACUUGGUGUAAUUCAUAAAGGCAACCUCAACCAGUCUGUUCAACUACUCGAACCUUACUUACCUGGAGCCACAUCGCACGCAUCUGAGUACUCAGAGGGUGGCUCUCUCUACGCUCUAGGAUUGAUUCACGCCAACAACGGUGGUCGCGCUCUAGACUUCCUCAAAGACCACUUGAAGCGCGUUGGCGCAACCGAAGUCGUCCAGCACGGUGCUGCUCUUGGAUUAGGUAUUGCAGGUAUCGGCACCAAAAAUGACGAGCUCUACACGGACCUUCGCAACAUUCUCUUUAGUGAUUCUGCCAUAGCCGGUGAGAGCGCUGGUUACGCAAUGGGUUUGAUAAUGCUUGGUACUGGAAACGAGAGCGCUUAUGAAGAGAUGCUCCAGUAUGCGCAUGAAACACAGCAUGAGAAAAUCAUCAGAGGUUUGGCGCUGGGUAUUGCUUUCCUCAUGUAUGGACGUGAGUCGCAAGCCGACAAGGUGAUUGAGACGCUCUUGAAUGAUAAGGACUGGAUACUGAGAUAUGGUGGUGUAUACACGAUAGGUCUCGCAUACGCAGGUACUGGUAACAACAAGGCCAUCAAGGAUCUUCUCCACGUGGCUGUUUCAGAUGUCAAUGAUGAUGUGAGGAGAGUGGCUGUCAUAGCACUCGGUUUCAUACUUUAUCGCAAUCCGAGCCAAGUACCUCGACUUGUUCAGCUGCUGUCUGAAUCGUACAAUCCACACGUCAGAUGUGGAGCUGCGAUGGCACUCGGUAUAGCCUGUGCAGGAACAGCAUUGGAGGAUGCCAUUGAACUUCUCGAACCACUAUCGAAAGACCCAAUCGACUUUGUGCGCCAGUAUGCUUAUAUUGCAUUAGCAUUGGUGUUGAUCCAAUCGAACGAAACCAACGCACCAAAAUCGAAAUCAGUGCGUGAGCAACUGAAAAACACUGUCAACGACAGACACGAUGAGUCGAUGGCCAAAUUUGGUGCAGCAAUAGCGCAAGGAUUGAUCGAUGCUGGUGGACGCAACGCCACUAUCAGUAUGCAAAGUAAGAAUGGAUCUACUAACAUGUCUGCGCUCGUCGGUAUGGUGCUCUUUACUCAAUUCUGGUUCUGGUUCCCAUUGGUACAUUGCAUUUCUCUCUCUUUCACUCCAACGUCUCUGAUUGGAUUGGAUGAACAUCUUAAGAUCCCUAAGCUUGAUUUCGUGUCGAAUGCCAAACCAUCGACGUUCGAUUACACACCACUACUCAAACCGCCUACUAAGGAGACAGCCGAGAGAGUGAAGACUGCCGUGCUUUCCACUACGGCGCGCGCACAGGCCCGUCAAACUAAAGCGAAGAAGGAGAAGGAGGGUGCAGAUGUAGAGAUGGAGGAGGAGAAGGACGAUGAAAAGGAGGAGAAGGAGGAGAACAAAGAAGAAGUGAAGGAACCUGAGCCUGAGUUUGAGGUUAAGGGUAAUCUCACUAGAGUCACUCCAAAUCAAGUACCAUUCAUCGUAUUUUCGAAGGACGGCAGAUAUACGCCAGUGAGGAGCGUAUCGAGUGUGCCUGCUUCAACCAAGGUGCAUAAGGAGGGUGAAUUAGGUGAAUCAGGAUCAUCUACGCCUGUUUCUAUCAACAGGAGAACCCGCAGACCAACAAUCGCAUCCAUCUACUCUUCUACACCGGCAUCGGCAGGCGGAGCAGGUAUACUAAUCCUCAAAGAUCACAAAGCAGGUGAGGAGGUUGAGUAUAUCACUCUCGAAGCAGGUGAGGGUAAUGGUGGUGUGCAACAGCAGCAGCACAAUCAGCAAUCUAAUGAGGGAGUUGACGAUGGUGAGGAGAUUGAUAACCCACCACCGCCAUUCGAGUACAAUUUUGAAAGUAGAUAG